UUUGUGCAUGGUUCCAAUCAAAAAGGCAACCACAUGGAAGAGGGGCGAUAUCGCAUUCACACACACGAAACUGACUCAAGCACAAAAAUACCUGUGAGACAAAGAUUAUCGKUCCUGAGCAUACCAUGGCGAGUAGUAGUAGAAUMUCUACUACACGUUCCGCCGUUGUCUUCGCCGCCUUCGCCMUGGCGGUGGCAAAAUUGCUGCUGUUUCGGAACAACACCGGGGACGGCACUGCGCAGGGCGUUGCCAAGGUUCGGCACAUCGAGUCCAUGUACGACGAAUCGGUGCGUCUKUACACRGAUCCGUACGCAAARUCCAUGUAYCAGGGUUCGAGUGUGGUAGAGUGGAUGGGGAUUUCGAUGAUCGAUCGUCUCCUGGAUGUUUCGUUUCCGGGGAUUCUUGAACUAUUGACGCUUCGGACAAAGUGGAUCGACGACCAGAUUGCGAUUCAUGUUGUCGGUAGUGACGAUGAGACAGAUUCUAGUGCCGAUGCUACUGCGAUCCCUUCUUGCAGACARCUUAUCAUUCUUGGCGCUGGAUAUGAUACCCGUGGCUUUCGAUUGGAUUUCUUUCCGGAAGGAUUCGAGGUCAUUGAGGUCGACCRGUCUCCAGUGCAGGCAUCCAAAAAGAGAAUCUUAGAGGACAUUGCCACCAAUGAUCAUAAGGUUGCCUCUCGAUUGAAAAACGGUAUGGUGACCUUUGUCCCGAUUGAUUUUAACAACAGUGACGACGACGUCGGUGGCCAUUCCAUUGGCAAAAAACUAGGGUCGUUUUUCUCGACGGAAGGCGGCGACCAAACAAUGACUGUUGUUCUCUUGGAGGGUGUCACCCAAUAUMUCCCCAAGUCAGCUACCGCCAGAACCCUGAAACAGCUGCACGAACUCCUCCCGCGCGGCUCCGUGCUCUUGGUAUCSUACGUCCCGCAGACCGUCUUUGACGACGACACGGAUAGGGUUUCUCGGCUUGUGUUGAAAGGUGCUAGCUUGGUUGGGGAACCCUGGAUUAGCGUCUGGACGCGGCAAGGAUUUGCGAGCUUCUUGUUGUCGRAGUGCGGUGGCUACCAGGUGGUGUCGGAUUCGGGCGUGAGGGAACUCCACGAGCAAUACCUARCACCCCUGGCAACGAGGGAGAAGGACCUCCCCCAUAAUCGUCGCAGUCGCAAUAUGCGCAAUCAGGUGCCGCCGAUAGAGCGGUACGUAGUCGCCAGAGUGGUUUAGAUUGGAACAGCAAUAGCGGAUYAAUAUGUUUCAGUUAUUGUCGAAUAAUAAUGAAAAUUGUAU